CGCCUUUUUCCCGAAUGUGUGUCCAUGACACACGCCCAUUGAUUGGCAAUUCGACGAUCUUACUGAUCGUGUGACAUUUAAAGAGCAUUUCUGGUUUCAUUUGUGAGGGCAAAUCUCAAUUAUUUUCAUCAGAGCAGAAGAAAUGACGAAGAAAACCGUUCCGUCUUCAAUUCUCAUCGUCGGUUCGGGGGUGUUUGGCCUUUCCACGGCACUUUCACUUGCGAGUGUUCCCAAAUACAAUGGCACGAAAAUUACUCUGAUAGACCGCAGUGCCUUUCCCGCGCCUGAUGGCGCAAGCAUUGAUUCCUCACGUAUCAUUCGACCAGACUACGCAUGCGAAGCAUACUUUCGACUUGGAUGGAAAGCUCAAGAGCUAUGGAGAAGUACACAAUGGGGUGCAGACGGGAGGUACUCUGAAAGUGGCCUCGCUCUAACUUGUAACGAUCGUUGCCAAGAUUAUGUGCGGGAUAGUUUCGAGAACGUCCGACAGGAGGCGGGUGGUGCCAUUCACGGGCCGAGUGGGAAGCCGCUUGUGGAGGAACUCUGCGACGCCGAAGCUAUUCGAGAUGUGCUUGGAUCCGGUGGAGGCAGCGGAUCCUGGGGGUACAUCAAUCGGAGCAGUGGUUGGGCUGAUGCGGAGGCUGCGAUGCGAUAUGCGCGGUCGAAGCUUGAGGCCACCGGCAGAGUUGAGUGCCGAAAGGGCGAGGUGAAGCGAUUACUCCAGCGUAGCACGAGCAGUGGAAAAGAGAUUGCUGGAGUCGAGCUGAUCGACGGGUCGACGAUCACUGCUGAGCUCACCGUACUCACCGCGGGUGCGUGGUCUGGCCGAUUGGUUGAUUUGCGUGGCCGCGUGCAAGCCACUGGCCAGGUCGUAGCCUAUGUCCGCUUAACGCCAGAGGAACAGGAAAGGCUGCAAAACAUGCCUGUCUUGCUUAAUCUUAGUACUGGCAUGUUCAUCUUUCCUCCGCGUAACUGCCUGCUCAAGGUUGCUCGUCAUGGCUAUGGUUACAGCAAUCCCGUAAAAGUGCCGCACCCGGAGAAGGAGGAUGGCUCAAGCAUCCAUGUGAGUCUGCCACGUACCACUGUGGACGUACCAACGCAACAAAUCCCCCAUGAGGGCGAGCAGGCUUGUAGACAAGCUCUUCAGGAAAUGGUGCCUGGUAUUGGGGACCGUGAGUGGCUGAGCACUAGAAUAUGCUGGUAUUCGGAUACUCCAGAGGGUGACUGGCUCGUUGAUUUCCACCCUGAGUAUAACAAUACUCUCUUCGUCGCUACAGGCGACAGCGGUCAUGGGUUUAAAUUUCUCCCUGUAUUGGGCGACCAGAUUGUUGCUGCUCUCGAAGGUCAUACGCCGACUGACUUUGCCGACAAGUGGUGUUGGCCAGCAGCCGCAGUUGACGGGCUUUUGGAGACGCUGGAUGGAAGCCGUUCAGGCCCCAGGAAUAUGAUCUUGGACCAAGAAUUGGCUCAAAGGGACAUUUCGCGGAGCAAAUUAUAGAUUUGCAUCUCUGCUCUGCAUUCGAUGGGAUCUGUUCCGCUUUUUAUACUUCGGAACAUUUGCCCUACAGCAAGCUCUUUUUACGACACAUCAAACGCUCUCUCACGAAGCGUGGCUGGGUAUAGGCGGAAGUCUCAGGCAUAUAUAAACUUGGAGCAUUGUGUAUAGAUUAGACACAUAGACAUGAUACCUGCU